CAAGAGGUGAACUCAUAGUUUCCUUUCACCAGUUUGUGGCCGUGAUGAAUAUCCCCCACAGUGUAAGUGAGGGGGAGCAGAGGGGCUUGUGUGUUAUAAGAGCUAGAUCAAAAUUAAACUACUCAGAUGAGAGAGAACUCCUCAGUUUGUCACAGCAGAAAACAUACGCACUGCGCGUGCUGUGUGAACAAGACGGCUCUGCAGCACUCAGAUCUACUGAAGCUAACAGUGAGAUCAUUUACUGAGUGAUACAGAGUGUGCUGAGAGAUUCUACGCUCCACCACAAACACCAAAGUGUAAAUGUGAAGAUGCAGUUGGGCCUGAUUCUAGCCGCUCUUCUCUGUUUUACCACAUGGGCGAACUUGGUACAUGCAAUGGAUGGACCUGUGCAGUCCUGUUCAUGUCUCUGGUGGUCAAAUACCAAAGUCCCUCCUGAUAGAAUUACAAGUUACACCAUUCAGAAGGAAAAUGCCUGUAAAAUUGCAGCAGUUAUAUUUCGGACAAAGAACAAAAAGACAAUUUGCGCCGACCCCAACAGCAGCUGGGCAAAAAGUGUGAUUCAGAAGGUUGAUGAGAGGGUACAAGCAUCAUUGAAGAAGACACCAAAGGAAAAGGGAAGUGACAUGACACCAACAAGUCGCAUUGCAAGACCAAUAAUCAUGACACCAGCAAGCAUUAUGACAUCAGGAGCAACCAUGGCACCAGGAAGUGACAUGGCACCAGCAGCAACUAUGUCAUUAACAAGUGACUUUGCACCAGCAGCAACCAUGGCACCAGCAAGUGGCAUUGCACCAGCAAGCAGUGUGGCACCAGUAGCAAACACAGCACCAGCAACCAGUAUUGCACCAGCAGCAACCAUAGCACCAGCAGAUGGCAUUGAACCAGCAACCAGUAUGGCACCAGUGGCAACCACGGCACCAGUAGUCCAAGUUUAUGUUUGCUUGAAAAGUGAGUCUGCCCUGUUGCAUCAAUAACAACAUCCUGAUCAGUUGUAAAACAGAGUGCAUGCAGAUGGUGGUCUACUUCAGCAGAAAUGUAUUAGUGGGGCUGUUUCCUCUCUUCUAAGAAUAUUUAACAUAUUCUGACAGAACAUGUCACAUGUCAUGCAACACUCAUGAGUGUCAUGGAACUUUCAGCCACUAUCACCAAAAGGUUUUUCAAAUAAACAAGGAAAUAUUAAUUUGCUCUGAACUAAGAGAUGUGCCUUGUUAAAAAAUUGUGUUAAAUUUGGGUUAUACAUAAACACGUUUCUCAAACUCCUCAUUAAAUGGAAUUAAAUUAGGUUUUCCUUGGAAAAAACAUCUACAUGGCAUCAUUGGUACUAUGAGACAUUCAGAUGUGUUUAACACUUUUGAAGGAAAUCCAAUUCAAAGGACAGUCUAACUUUUACAGGAAUAUAGUUGUAAAUGCUGUCUACCAAGCAUUUAGCAGCAAAUUCCAUAUAUAUCUGUAGAUUAAAUGACUUUUUAAGGAGAAAAUAAGCUAGUAAAACAUCAAUCCAAAAAAUCUUUUGUUUUUUUAUCGGCACCUGUAUCAUAUCGUAUUGUAUCGUACUGUAUCGUAUCGUAUUGUAUUGUAUUGUCAUUGUGUUUUUAUUUCUUUGAUGCCACUUCAUAUGCCACUAUCUGUUCAUGUACUGCUCCUACGUCUAUCCUCAAACUUCCUAAAAAACAGCAUUGUUAUUUACUGAUGGCUUCACUUUCUUCUUUAUCACUCUGAUCAUUUUUCUUCUCCUCCCACAUCGAAGGUCAUGUUACAUAAAUAGAUAUAAAUAGCUUAUUCAAAGGUAAUAAAAAUGUGACACUCAA